AUGGUGCGCUGUGGCCGGGUGUUGUUCCGAAAGUAUGGAAACUUCAUUGAUAACCUAAGACUCUUCACCAAAGGAGGAACUGGUGGAAUGGGAUAUCCUCGAUUAGGUGGGGAAGGUGGAAAAGGUGGUGAUGUCUGGGUUGUAGCAGAAAAACAUAUGACUUUAAAACAGCUUAAAGACAGAUAUCCUCAGAAACGAUUUGUGGCUGGAGGAGGAGCAAACAGUCGAGUAAAUGCACUAAAAGGUUCCAGAGGGAAAGACUGUGAAAUUCCUGCACCUGUGGGCAUUUCAAUAACUGAUGAAAAUGGUAAAAUUAUAGGAGAACUCAAUAAAGAAAAAGAUAGAAUUUUGGUAGCUGAAGGAGGUCUUGGUGGCAAACUACUUACAAAUUUCUUACCGUUGAAAGGGCAAAAACGAGUAAUUCAUCUUGAUCUAAAACUUAUAGCUGAUAUAGGCUUAGUGGGAUUCCCAAAUGCUGGAAAAUCAUCAUUACUAAGUCGGAUUUCUCACGCAAAACCUGUGAUUGCAGAUUAUGCAUUUACAACAUUGAAGCCUGAACUUGGAAAGGUAAUGUACAGUGAUUUUAAACAGAUAUCAGUGGCUGAUCUUCCGGGCUUAAUAGAAGGAGCACAUAUGAACAAAGGAAUGGGCCACAAAUUCCUGAAGCAUAUAGAAAGAACUAAACAGCUACUUUUUGUUGUUGAUAUUUUUGGAUUUCAACUUUCUUCCAAAACUCAACACAGAACUGCCUUGGAAACCAUAAUACUGCUUACAAAAGAGCUGGAGUUGUAUGAUGAAGAACUUCAAACAAAACCUGCACUUUUGGCAGUUAAUAAAAUGGAUUUGCCAGAUGCCCAAGAUAAAUUCAUUCCAAUCUCUGCAGUUACUGGGGAAGGAAUUGAAGAAUUGAAAAACUGCAUAAGAACAUCACUGGAUGAGCAAGCAGACAAGGAAGACAGUGCAUACCAUAAGAAACAGCUGCUUCAUUUAAAUAUACCCACUACUGUCUCAUACAGUGAGCCAGUGCCACGGCCUAUUGUGACUAGUUCCUGAGUGGUUAUAAUUCUUUGGGAGAAGCUGACUACUCUCCCAGAAACCUCUGCGGCUUCUCGCCAGGAACAGACUUCCUGGGACGCCAAGAGCCAGAGGCUAAAGAGAGGCUCCACUGUGUGGGCGAGCGAACUGCGCUGGGUGGAAGGAGCAGAAACCUCUGCGGCUUCUCGCCAGGAACAGACUUCCUGGGACGCCAAGAGCCAGAGGCUAAAGAGAGGCUCCACUGUGUGGGCGAGCGAACUGCGCUGGGUGGAAGGAGCAGGCACUGUUUUGGAAAGCAUUUUCUAUAAUAAUAAGGCUCGUUAUAAACGCCUUAAUCCAGGAAGCUCUCCCGCGUUUACAAGUUUUAUGCUCAUCACACCUGUUUGA